AUGACCGACUCCAAGCUUGCUGCUUUCAGCACACAAGACCUCGUGUAUUCGCAUAUUAAUGGACACGAUAUGAUGGCUACGGUUUUGACGCCGAAAUUACUACAAGGAAAACCUCCCUCGGACUACCCUGUCUUGGUCUAUUGGCACGGUGGUGGUUUUAUCACAGGACAUCGCACUUAUGCGCCUUGGUGGCCUAAAUGGUCCAUUGAAUUUGCCCUCUCGCGAAAUUCAAUCAUCGUAAGCCCAGAUUAUCGCCUACUUCCUGAAGCCAGCGGCUCCGAUAUCUUAGACGACAUCAGAGCUUUCUGGGAGUGGAUGAAGAACGACUUCAUUUCUGUCUCCGAACGAGAAAGAUGGCACGCCCGACCGAAUCUGGGCCAAGUCGCUUGUAUGGGUGAAAGCUCAGGGGGCUAUCUAGCCUUGCAGUCUGCGCUACUUGGCUCCAGUGGAAUUGACAUCAAAGUCGUCAUUACUAUUUCUGCACCUCUGGACGGCGAUAUCUGCAUAAAACGGUUUGGAAUACCUUCACCCAGAAUGAUCCUGGGCUCAUGGCCCCCACCUCCCAGGCGUGCUGAAGCGAUCAUUCGCGAUUAUAUUCGCGCGAUUAAGCCUGGUACAGUGCGCACCGAGGGGGAUCCGGUGGCCAUGUGGCCGCUGCUCAUGUGUAUAGUCCAGCAAGCACGGAUGCCCAGGCUUUUUGGGUAUCAAAAGAACAUACUCCUCAACGCCACCGCAAUGAUCGACCAAGCCAAUAAAUUGCCUCCUAUGUGGAUCAUACAUUCUGAACAGGACUCACUUGUAAGUUUACCGUGCCGAAUUCCCACCACGGACAAAGCACUAUUUUUUUCUGCUAAUUGA